UGUGUGUUGUGCUUCCGCGUCUUCUCGGCUCUUCCACCUGGUCUUUGCGUGAGCUGCCCAUCCGCCGAAGAAGAAAAAAAGAAGUGACGAAGACUAAUUUUUACUCUGAAAACCUUGGUCUUUUAAGAUGGAGGGAUAUUGAGGAGAUGGCGGCGCAGCGUCACAAGAUUAUUGACCAACUGUUGAUGCCAUUCAGAGACUCGGAGGAAUUCUUCCCUUGGCUUUCUCUCAAUUUACUCCCGAGCACUUUGAGCCGGAUGUGUACAUUAGUUUUCUCCCGGAGGAACUCGCCUCCUCGCUUGUUCUAAAUGGACACGUCCAAGAAGAAGAACGGCUUUUUCCCCCUCGGCUCGGCGACCUCGGCGCUGAUGUGUUCCACCGCCACCGGAGACAAGCCCGGCCCCCCGGCCAGGGGGGCUUUCUCCCCCCCGGCGGAGGCGGUCGAGCAUAAGAGCCGGCAGCCGGCCUUCCUGUCCCACGCCGUGGACGAGCUGCUCUGGAUCGGCGGCGUCGGCGUCGUGGCGUUCUCCAAGUGGAGGCUCGGCUUCGUGGUGGAGAAAUGCAUGAGCUCCAUGCAGAUGGGGACCCAGAUGGUGAAGCUCCGCGGCGGCUCCAAGGGACUGGUGCGCUUCUUCUUCCUAGACGAACACAAGUCCUGCAUCCGCUGGAGGCCGUCGCGCAAGAAUGAAAAGGCCAAGAUCUCCGUCGACUCGGUCCGCGAGGUGCGUGAAGGGAAGCAGUCUGAGAUCUUCCAGCGCUACUCGGAGGGCAGCUUCGAUCCCAACUGCUGCUUCAGCCUGUACUACGGAGAGCACAUGGAGUCCCUGGACCUGGUGUCCGGCAACGGGGAGGAGGCGCGCACCUGGAUCACCGGCCUCAAGUAUCUGAUGGCGGGCAUCAGCGACGAGGACAGCCUGGCCAAGAGGCAGCGCACCAGAGACCAGUGGCUGAAGCAGACCUUCACCGAGGCGGACAAGAACGGGGACGGCAGCCUGGGCAUCGGCGAGGUGAUGCAGCUGCUGCACAAGCUCAACGUCAACCUGCCGCGACAGAAGGUCAAGCAGAUGUUUAAGGAGGCGGACACCGACGACAACCAGGGAGCGCUGGGCUUCGAGGAGUUCUGCUCCUUCUACAAGAUGAUGUCGACCCGCAGGGAUCUGUACCUGCUCAUGCUCACCUACAGCAACCACAAGGACCACCUCAACACCGACGACCUGGCCCGCUUCCUGGAGACCGAGCAGAAGAUGACCAAGGUGACCAAGGACCAUUGCCUGGAGAUUAUCAACAAGUUUGAGCCGUGCUCCGAGAACCAGAAGGAAGAAGUUCUGGGUAUUGAUGGUAUCACGAACUACACUCGCAGCCCGGCGGGCGACAUCUUCAACCCCGAGCACUACGAAGUGAACCAGGACAUGAACCAGCCGCUGUGCAACUACUUCAUCGCCUCCUCGCACAACACCUACCUGAUGGGCGACCAGCUGAUGUCCCAGUCCAGGGUGGACAUGUACGCCUGGGUGCUGCAGGCCGGCUGUCGCUGCGUCGAAGUGGACUGUUGGGACGGUCAGGACGGCGAGCCCAUCGUCCACCACGGCUACACGCUCACCUCCAAGAUCCUCUUCAAGGACGUCAUCGAGACCAUCAACAAGUACGCCUUCGUCAAGAACGACUACCCGGUCAUCCUCUCCAUCGAGAACCACUGCAGCGUUCCCCAGCAGAAGAAGAUGGCCCAGUACCUGACCGAGAUCCUGGGGGACAAGCUGGACGUGUCCAACAUCAAAGUGGACGAGUCCGGAUGGCUGCCGUCGCCGGCGAUGCUCAAGGGGAAGAUCCUCGUCAAGGGGAAGAAACUUCCCUCUAGCAUCGACGUGAACGCCGAGGAGGGAGACGUCUCCGACGAGGACAGCGCCGACGAGAUGGACGACGACUGCAAGCUGAUGAACGGAGACACAUCAGCCAACCGGAAGCAGGUGGAGAACAUGGCCAAGAAGAAGCUGGACAACCUGCUGAAGGAGUCUCAGAUCCGAGACCGAGAGGACCCGGACAGCUUCACCAUCGCGGCGCUCCCUCCGGCCGGGAAGCCCGCGGACCAAUCAGGCUCUCAGGUCAAAGGUGAGGACGGCACGGACACGGCGGACGAGGGCAACCCGAGCAGCAACAAGCGCACGGGGCGCUCCUUCAUGGGCAGCUUCUCCAAACGCAAGAAAAAGACGAGCAAGCUGAAGAAGACGUCGAGCUUUGAGGACACGGACACGGACCAAGAGAGCUCGGGCAGCGCCUCGCGUGCCCCUUUGCACCACAACAAGAAGAAGAAGACCAUGAAGUUAUCCAGAGCUCUGUCUGACCUGGUCAAGUACACGUGCUCUGUGGGUCUCUAUGACAUCGAGGCACAAGCCAGCUGCAGCUGGCAGGUGUCGUCGCUCAGCGAGACCAAAGCCCACCAGGUGAUGCAGCAGCGAGCGGCGUCCUUCAUCCACUUCAACCAGCGGCAGCUCUCCCGCAUCUACCCGUCGUCGUACCGCGUCGACUCGUCCAACUUCAACCCGCAGCCCUUCUGGAGCGCCGGCUGCCAGCUCGUCGCUCUCAACUACCAGUCGGAGGGCCGCGUGCUCCAGCUCAACAGAGCCAAGUUCUACAACAACGGCAACUGUGGCUACAUCCUGAAGCCGGCCUGUAUGUGCGAAGGGGCCUUCAACCCCAGCCUCGAGGACCCUCGGCCGGGUCAGAUGAAGAAGCAGCUGGUGCUGAAGAUCAUCAGCGGACAGCAGCUGCCCAAACCCAAAGACUCUAUGCUGGGAGACAGAGGAGAGAUCAUCGACCCCUUCGUGGAGGUGGAGGUCAUCGGCCUCCCAGUGGACUGCUGCAAGGAGCAGACCAGAGUGGUGGAUGACAACGGCUUCAACCCGAUGUGGGAGGAGACUCUGGUGUUCACGGUCCACAUGCCGGAGCUCGCCCUGGUGCGCUUCCUCGUGUGGGAUCACGACCCCAUUGGUCAGGACUUCAUCGGCCAGCGCACGCUCGCCUUCAACAGCAUGAUCCCAGGUUAUCGCCACGUGUACUUGGAAGGUAUGGAGGAGGCGUCCAUCUUUGUUCACGUAGCUGUGAAUGACAUCACUGGUAAGGCCAGAGCAGCCACCGGCAUAAAAGGGCUGUUUCACAGAAACCCAAAGCAGGGUUCCCUGGACAGCCAUGCUGCUGCGCAGCACAGCCGUAAGCACCCGUUCGGCGCCCACCUCCUGCGCCGCACCGCCAGCGCACCCAUCAAAGGCCAGCAGCCCAAAAUCAAGAAGGGCUUCCCGGAGAUCGCCAUCGAAACCAAAGACUACAACUCGGAGGGCGCCAGCGAAGAGCGAGAGUCCGAGGUCCGGCUCAAGGCCGCCGCCGCCGCCGCCUCCCACCAGCCCGCGCCGCCGCAAGACCGCAACGGGGAGUCGCCGGCAUCCCACCAAGCCAAGGGCCCCUGGGACCGACCUGACACCAACGGGGCUAUUCACCCCGAGGAGGGGAAAGAUGUUAGUACAUUUGAAGUGCCGAGGCCGUCCGCUCCUCUUCCACUGAGCUCUCACGCCGCCAGAACCCCUUGCGUCCCCCGCCCCGUGUCCAGUCCAGAAGGCUCGUCUUCACGCCACUCCCCACCGUCGCCACGCACAGCAAUAAUCAACGCGGCGCCGCCGGCCGCCCCUUCGAACGGGGCAGCGCAGAGUCCGAUCAAGUGGAGCGGCGGCCCCGAGAAACCUCCCGGCCUUUUCCCGAACCCCGGCGUCGCCCCUCUCGACAAACCCCGCUGUCGAGACCUCCGCGCCGACCGAGGCGCCGAGCUCUUCGCGCGGCGCGCGGAGAACCACGAACCUCCGAGCGGAAAGAAAACCGAUGCCGGCGAGGCGAAGUCCGACCGCGGACCGGCGGCGGCCCCCGGUGCCCGGGCGGUUCCCGGCGCUCCGGCGGUCCAGGCCAGGAGGGCCCCGUUUCACAAUCAGCCACCCGACGCACCGGUGAGGAGAGCGAAGAGCGAGGGCCACGUGCUGGCGGCCGUGGCCUCCGACGGGCGCGGCCGGUCGGCGGUGCCGGAGGUCUUCACGGACGCCACCGCCAACGACCGCCUGUGGAGCAAGCUGGAGCCGGGCAGCCACCGGGACAGCGUGUCGUCCUCCUCCAGCGUCUCGUCCAGCGACACCGUCAUCGACCUGUCGCUGCCCAACCUGGCCAGGAGGAGCUUCGCCGCCCCCCCGUCCGCCGCCGCCCGCGACCCUCACUGGGCCGCGUGCCGCCGCUCGGCGCUGAUUUCCUACGACGCCCUCCGGGUCAGCAAGAGCACGUCCAGCCCCGAUCUUCAGCAGGGAGCCCCGCCCCCCGAGGACGAGCUGCAGCCCCGCCCCCUGCAGCCGCCCCCGGACGCGGCCGCCGACUCGCCCGGCCGGCUGACUCAGAGGAGAAACACCUGGAGCCGGCUCUACAUGGAGGGGCUCAAGCAGGCGGCGCCCGCGACCCCGCCGGCCGCCGCCGCCAUGUCCAAGAGCCUCGGGGACCUGACCUCCGACGACAUCUCCUGCAACUUCGACAGCAAGUACCGCAUCAUCAGCCGCAGCUUCGUGGUCCGGCCGGCCAGGGACCAGCUCCGCAAGGGCGCCGUGCAGCGGCGCCGGCCGCCCGACGACCUCACGGAGCAGCUGCGCCGGCUGACCGACGUGGAGCCGCUGACCGCCAGCGACUUCGCCCCGGAGCCCGUCGACGAGAACCCGGUGCGGAGGACGUCCUCGAGGAGCCAGAGCCGCGUCCGCUACAUCGCCAACAGGGCCAAGAAGGCCCAGGAGAGGCUGAGGAUCCAGGGCCCCAUCGAGGAGCGGGGCAACCCUGAGGGGGCGUGCUGCGUGGCCCCGAGUCCCUGCUCCGGCCUGGACCUGCUGAGUCAGCUCGCCCACCGCGGAGCCCCCCCCCCCAGACGGCCCCAGUCCCCCACGGACCCCGAGAACAGUGACGUUUUUUUCAUACUCAAUCUCUGAAAGAAGCGGCAGACUUGGCAGUGAGUGUGAGACACGCAGCUGGAGACUUGUUUGGAAUACGCUCCGGUUUUUCCUCUCAAUUAGAAAAACACUUACGCUCUUUUUUUCCUUCUUUUCGUUGGAUGAAAAAAAGUUGCAUAUCUAUCAGCAGAAUUACUCCGAUUCUUUCCGCUCCUCGCACAACACUGAGCUCCGUAUAAAUAAUGAUCCAUAAACGAUCACUUCUACAGCUGGAAGGUUGCGCAAGAUCCACAUGUUUCCUUUUUAAGCCGCACCGUCGUCUCCUAAAAGCAACUAGACUGCAUCUCUGCCGUCUGUUGGCGCCACAUGUUAGAGAUUUGCCAGAAUGUAUUUAGUGAGAGGUACCAGGUGUUUUUAUAUCGCGGUUGACUGUUCACUCUAUUUGUUUUUUUACACGAGCAUACAGUAGCAAUGGGUCUACUUGAACUGUAAUGGUUUUUAACUGAGUUGAAAAAUAACAGCCCCAUCCAUCUCCUAGCAAUAUUUAGGAAAUGCUGGCAUGGUAUCAUAUUGAUGUUUGUUUGACAGUUUUAAUAGGAGGCACAUAUUAUUACAAUGCAGAUUAAUUUAGAGUAUUUUUAAUAUUUUGCUCACCAGUGAGCGGCAUGUCACAGAUCAUUCAGAGCGGUGGUCGUCUACUGCAUCAACCACCUUUAGCCCUUUUUAGUUGGCUGCAUGUCUUUUAAUGCACUGUAAUGUUUAUCCUGAGGCUGUGCUUUUAAUUAAUUUUACAAAGAUCCUUUUUUAAAUAUAUAUAUAUAUAUAUUUAUAUAAAUAAAUAUAAAUAUAUUUACAAACAUAUAUUUAUAUAUAUUUAAUUUAUAUAUAAAUGUAUUUAUUUAUUUAUAUAUAUAAAAAUAUAAAUAAAUAUAUAUAUGAAGAUUUGUUAAUACCCCAAACUUCUAUUUUUCCUCGCAUCCCCGCGCUCCCAUUGGUCCACGCGGUCCCAAUAAUACAAGAUGAGAUGGAUCUGUAUGGAAAGCACGUUUUCUCUAUCGUUUGCACUGCCGUGCCCAGAUGUUUGUGCCUACGAUGUUUCACGAUGUGUAAUUAUGACCUGAAUAAAUCUCUAAAUGAAUAUCA